AUGGCGAGUGACCAUGAGUUCACGAAUGAGACGUCGAAGGGCCAGCCGCUUGACAUGACUGUCUUGGGGAUGAACAGCGGCACAUCCAUGGACGGUAUCGACUGCGCUCUUUGCCAUUUCAGACAAGAAACUCCAGAGUCGCCCAUGCACUUCUCCCUUCUGAAGUACGGAGAAAUUCCCAUGGACCUCAAGAUCAAGAAGCGCGUUCUCAACAUCAUCAAGCACGACAGGACCUCUGCGUCAGAGCUUUCGGAAGUCAACGUCCUCCUAGGAGAGGUGUUCGCAGAGGCGGUAAAGCAGUUCUGCAAAGACAACAAGAUCGACAUCAAGUCCAUCGACGCGAUCGGAUCCCACGGGCAGACAAUCUGGCUUGCCUCGAUGCCGGAAAAGGGGGUCCCAAAGUCUGCGCUUACCAUGGCCGAGGGCACUAUCAUCGCCUCACGUACAGGUAUCACCACCGUGACUGACUUCCGCGUAUCGGAUCAGUCCGCCGGGCGCCAGGGCGCCCCCCUCAUCGCCUUCUUUGAUGCGCUGCUCUUGCAUCACCCCGGCAAGCUUCGCGCGUGCCAGAACAUUGGCGGCAUUGCGAACGUGUGUUUCAUUCCACCAGACGGGCCUGGUCGUGCGUACGACUUCGAUACUGGCCCCGGAAACGCUCUCAUUGAUGCGGCCGUGAGGCACUACACUGAUGGGGCCAUGGAGUGCGACAAGGACGGGGUGAUGGGCAAGCGUGGAACUGUGUGCCAAGAGCUUGUGGACAAGUUCAUCAGAGACAUACCCUACUUCUCGUGGGACCCGCCGAAGACUACCGGCCGCGAGGUUUUCCGCGACACUCUCGCAGACGAUCUUAUCCGCGAUGGAGAGGCCCAUGGCCUGUCUGCAGACGAUGUCGUGGCCACAGUUACCAGGAUCACGUCCCAGGCAAUCGUUGACCAUUGGCACCGAUAUGGCCCUGAAGGGAAGAAGGUUGAUGAAGUUUUCAUGUGUGGUGGAGGGGCUUACAACCCCAACAUCACAGAUUACAUGAAGGAGAAGCUGCCUGGCCUCAAGAUGCUCAUGCUUGAUGAUGCUGGUAUACCAGGCGGUGCGAAGGAAGCCGUUACGUUUGCUUGGCAGGGGAUGGAAGCUUUGGUUGGUAGGAGUAUACCGGUUCCGGAGCGAGUGGAGACAAGAAAACCAUAUAUCCUGGGUAAGGUGAACCCGGGGGAUAACUAUCGGAUGGUUAUGAGCAAGGGAAUGAAGUUUGGAGAGGGUAGGGAAUCACUGGGCUGGGUGACAGAGAUGAUCAAUUAUGUGGACGGAAAGGUUUUUGACAAUAAGUGGGCUCGAGUGCAAAGAAUGGCCGGCAAGCGACGGAUGGACAACCUGGAAGAGGGCGACGGUGAUGCCCUCCUGGACGCAGAUGGUGCUGCUGGUGUCCCCGCCCUCAACGACAUGCCACUUGCCGCAGUUGAGCGUCGUACCCUGCGCGACCUCGACGCCUCCAGGAAGGGGGGACACUGUUCAGCGCGCACAGUCCCUCAGACUACUCCCGCAUCCACACCGGGCACCAUCUCCGGUGCAUCGACAGCAUCCGUUGCCGCUCUGCCAAACUUUAGCAUUAGGGAUCUAGAAUUACUGCACCACUGGACUAUGUCCGCCAGCGUGGAUAUCUACAAGACGCCUGGCGUAGACUCACUGUGGAAAAUAACUCUUCCACAGAUCGGCUUCCAGCACCCUUUCGUGGCGCAUGCUAUUCUCAGCCUCGCUGCCUUGCACAUGUCUUACAUUGGUGGAUCCCAGAACAGGUCUUGCAUCAUGGAAGCAACGCAGCAUCACGAGAUAGCCAUGGCAGGUUUUCAUGAAUGUGUCAACAAUCUCACUCAAGAGAAGAGCGAGGCUCUGCUUGCGUGGUCAAUCCUCAACCUUUUGUACGUCUUCAGCAUCUCGAGACAGCUUGCCGACAGCGCGGGGCGGAACUCGCCCCGCCUCCGCAAGGACCGCUUGUUGGGCGUGGAAUGGAUCCCGAUGAUGCGCGGCAUCGACGCCGUACUGGGGCCGUAUUAUGACUUCCUGCGCCAGGGCAGGAUGAGCACCAUCCUUACUCUUGGUAACUGGGGAGAGCUGAACCCCGACGAGUUCACUACCGACCCGGCUGAUCUGGAGCUGUGCCGGCUGCGAGACGUCUGGAAAGGCAGCGGCGACUCAGAGGUCUACGAGGGAGCUCUAUCAGUGAUUAGGAAAUGUCGCAUGCACACCGUGCAGUUUGAGACGAUGGAUGCCCAGACGCUUCAGCGAUGGGACUGUAAUCGUGGGGCCGGUCCAAAGGCCUUUAUUCACUUUGCACCUCAACAGUAUUUCACGUUGCUACACCAACGACAACCGCCAUCAUUGUUGGACGAACAGGCCGACGAUGACGACCUUGGCGCCACUUCCAAGAGCUUCCAGGCUUCCCGCGGCCUGCUAACCACCGCCUGGGAAAUCAAUCGGCAGAAGAAACCAGCACCUCGACUUAAGAAGCCGCCAAAAAUGAGGGGCGGCGGCGGCUGA